AUGGGUGUUGCACCAACCGAGGCCCCACCAUCGCGCGCCGGCGUCGAUGAAGAAAAGGUUGUCCAAAACGGCUCGAACCCUUCCCUUGGUGCCGAUGUCUCCGAUUCCCAGGUCCAGGACCCCUUCGAGGGUGAAGUGGGUGAGAUCAUCGACUAUAAGACCCUCACUUGGUGGCAAGGAGGAAUCGUCUUGAUUGCGGAAACUGUUUCCCUAGGCAUCCUAUCUUUGCCUUCGGUACUCGCAACCGUAGGACUCGUCCCCGGAAUCAUCCUCAUCCUAUUCCUUGGCGCCUUGUCAACCUACUCCGGUCUCGUGCUCGGAGAAUUUCGAAAGCGAUACCCUUAUGUUCAGAAUUUUGGUGAUGCCGUUGAGAUCGUCGGCAAGUCGAUUGCGUGCCUGUCCAUCACCACAGCCGUGUUGAUCACCGUAGGUGAUGUUGCGGCGGAGCGUCCGAUUGGAACCGGAAGCAUCGAGGUCGCUAGGCAACUCGGCUUCACUGGAGCGUUCCUCGCCGUAACGAAUAUCGCCAUUGCUUUCUCGAGCCACUCGUGCUUCUUCACCGUGAUUUCCGAGUUCAAGAACCCCGAUGAUUGGCCCAAGGCCUUAGCACUGCUUCAAAUCGCCGAUACGACGAUUUAUCUCGUCGCCGCCAUUGUAAUCUACGUUUUCGUUGGGCCCAACGUCCCCUCCCCUGCCCUGUCCGCGGCCGGCUCCCUCGUCGUCCGAAAGGUCAUUUGGGGAAUCGCCAUUCCAACCAUCGUCAUUGCCGGAGUUAUCUACGGCCAUGUAGCAUCCGCCUACGUGUUUUCCAGGAUCUUCCGCAACACGAAGCACAUGGUCCGCCGAACGAAGAUCUCCACCAUCUCGUGGUUUGCAAUCACCUUUGGAGCAUGGACAAUCUCAAUGAUCAUCGCUGAAUCCAUCCCUGUUUUCAACAACCUCCUCGGCCUGAUCGGCGCCCUGUUCGCGAGCUGGUUUUCUUAUGGUCUCCUGGGAUCUUUUGGCUUUGGAUGCAUUACGGAAACUGGUUUACCGAUGGCAAGCAGACCUGCCGAUUCUUGGCCAAUGUCGCGCUUCUUACCACGGGGUUCGUGA